AUGCAGUCAGCUAAGAAUGUGGCAGCUUCAGCCAAGGCCGGCAUGGAGAAAACCAAAGCAACCGUCCAAGAAAAGGCGGAGAAAAUGACGACUCGUGACCCGCUCCAGAAGGAGAUGGCUGAGGAGAAGAAAGAGGCGAGGAUUCAUCAGGCGGAGCUCCAGAAGCAGCAGGAGCGCGCACAUGGGGGCGGCAUGACUGGCGGAGGCGCCGGGUUGGGAUCCGGUGGGGUUGGGCCCGUGGACCCGAACGUGGGCGGUGGUGCUAGAACUGGGAACUCUUUUGCGCAGACUGUCGAAAAUCUAUUUGCUUUGUCCUUUCUGAUAAAAGAUGGACGAGUUGAGUUAUCAGUAGAUGGCGCUGGAUGUCAUCUGGUUUCCCCAAGGAAUGCUCCUAGUGCAAGUGCAAUUCAAUCUGGGAAGGCCACUUACAGCCAUUUUAUAUUCAGAUAUGAUUUUAGAGACUGGAAGUCAAUGCUGACUUCAGUUGAAGCUGGAGAAGAACUAAUGCCACAUAGAACUGAGGUGCACGAAACAAGUAACCCCCAGCCCGAGCCCGGGCCUAAUGAAGCUCAUGCAGCCCAGCCCACAACACCCAUAAGGAAAUUAUGCAGGAAUCGAGGCUUGGUUAUGCAGGAACAAGACUUAGUUGCAGAUUCUCCUGAAAGUUACGAUACAGCUGCUGCUAGAGCUGCCGCCAUUCGCAAGGGAAAAAGAAAACUAGCAUGA